UGUGAAUCUAUCGCUCCUUCAUCGCCAGGAAACACAGAUUAUGGGGUUGUGCGCGAUUUCAGAACACGUGGAGAGCUUAUUGGCGAGGCCGGCGUUUGCUGCGUGCGCGUCCUGGCUGUGAUGGAGGUUUGUGGCUGUGGUGCAUCGCUGGGAAUGAGUGAGAGGUGCAGAGGAGGAGAUCAUCAAUGAAGACACCAAGGGCUCGUUUGGACAAGGUCAGAGUGUAGCCUGGGUGAGAUUAUGUCCAUGUGGAGACGACAAGGACGGACUUUUACGCUUCCUCCGUGGGGAAAGGGUCGCUCGGGGAUGUCUCAUCCUGGAAAAAAACAAGAGUUUGUGUCUCUGUGUUGGAUCGCAGAGGCAGAGAAAAUCCCUCCAUCUGCGUGAUCAUGGCUGGGAUUAAUUUCUGAUCACCUCCACGCUGUAUGGAGAUAAAGUUUGUGCGCUCUGCAUGAUCCGCUCGGUGUAAUCUCGCGCAGUUGAAGCCAGUUAAGGUGAUUCUGCGGGAUUGAAAUUCCUCCAGAGCAGCAGCAGUGAAGCAGCAGCAGUGAGGCAUCCAGCUGUGAGUGUCUCUGCUCGGUCACAUCUCGUGGUUGUCGUCGCCGCUGUCCAUGGUGCUGAACCCGAGCUCCAGGAAUGGUGGAGACGCUGAGUAUCGCAGUCAUCGGUGCUCCCGGAGUGGGGAAAACUUCUAUAAUCCGCCAGUUCAUCUAUAACGAUUUCUCGGAGGUGUACACGCCGACCAGGACCAGAUAUGUGUACAGACCCUCCGUCAUCCUUAACGGAAACAUGUACGAGCUCAAGGUUUUGGACGUCCCGCCAAUCUCCUCCUUUCCAUCCAGCUCCAGCCAGGAGUGGCUGGAUCUGCGCUGCAGAGGAGUUCGCAACGCCAACGCCUACAUCCUGGUGUAUGACAUCUGCUGCGUGGAGAGCUUUGAAUACGUCAAGAUGAUCAGACAGCAGAUAGUCGAGCACAGGGAAGGCAGCAGCAGUGAGGUGCCGAUCCUGGUGGUUGGUAACAAGAGAGAUCUGCAGCGACAGCGUUUCAUGCCCCGCAGGGCUGUGUCAGUGCUGGUGAAGAAGACGUGGAAGUGCGGCUAUGUCGAAUGCUCGGCAAAGUUCAACUGGCAUGUCGUCCUGCUCUUCAAAGAGCUGCUGGGCAUCGCUGUGGCACGGGGCAUGAGACAGAAUCACACCUCCAUCCGUCUGCAGGGGGCGCUACAGAGGAACCGGUGCACGAUUAUGUGACCCUGAGAGCCCCUCCACCCCUUCUCUUACCUUCUGUGAGGAGCGGCAGUGGAUAUAAGGACUUUUAUCUCAAUGGCUGGAAAAAUACCCCGUGGCCUCCUGCUUUACUGAGCUGAUUUUUCAUAAUGAGGUUUAUUAGACUCUUGCGCUGUAAAGACACUAAAACUUCACACAUGGUCAU